AUGAAAUUUAUGUAUGGUCGAGGUUAUAGUAUCGAAGAAAGACGUCAACUGAUUCCAAUUAUCAAUAAACAAAUAGUUGAUAUUAUUUGUUGUAUUUGUCAUGCAAUGAAAACUCUUUACAUUCCAUUUGAAAAACCUCAAAAUGAAAAUUAUGCUUGUUUAUUGAGUACAACAAAUAGCGAUGAUGAUAAUUAUGAAAGUAUAUUGACGCUAUCACCACAAAUGAUUGAUGCUAUCAAGCAUAUCUGGUCGGAUGAAGGUAUUCAAUUAUGUUAUCGUCGACGACGAGAAUAUCGAUUGACAGAUUCAGCUAAAUAUUUUUUGGAUAACAUCAGCAGAAUUUCCGGAGAGAAUUAUAUGCCAAAUGAUGAUGAUAUAUUAAGAGUACGUAUUCCAACAACUGGUAUCAUUUCAAAAGAUUUUCAAUUUUUUCCUUAUCAUUUACAGAUUGUUGAUGUUGGUGGACAAAAGAGAGAACGUCGAAAAUGGAUUCAUUGUUUUGAUAAUGUGACAACUAUCAUUUUCUUUGCAUCUCUUAUUGAAUAUGAUCAAUAUAUUGCCGACGAUCCUUCUAAACAAAACUUAAUGGAAGAAAGUUUGGCAUUAUUUCAUAUUAUUCUAUCAUCAGAUUAUUUUUCCAAUGCAUCUAUUAUUCUUUUUCUUAAUAAAACUGAUCUAUUUCCAGAACGAAUUGCUAGUAAACCUCUUCGACAUGUCUACCCUGAAUUUGAUGGUGCAGAUGAUGAUGUUGAAGCUGCAAAAGAAUUUAUCAAGAACAAGUAUCUGAGUUUCAUACCAAAUACAAGAUCUGUUGAGGAGAAUACUCAUCCUCAUUUUACAUGUUCUAUCGGUAAAGUUUUUAAUUAUGUAUGUGAUUGUUGUCUAACUGAGCAGGAGAUUAUUAAUAAAAAUAUUGACGAAUAUAUUAAACAAUGGCGUCGACAAAAUUUACAUGAAAGAAAAUUACUUCUCUUAGGAAAUGCGGAGGCUGGAAAAUCGACAUUUCUCAAACAAAUGAAAUUAAUUCAUGGUCAAGGUUUUAAAGAAGAUGAAAAACGUCGACUUAUUCCAUUUAUCUAUCGACAGAUACUUAGUGUUGUUCGAUGUAUUUGUCGAGCAAUGAAGAUGCUUCACAUUAGAUUUGAAAAUGAACGAAAUGAAGAAUAUGCUCGUGUAUUGAGUUCAUCAACUUAUGAUGAUGCUGAAGAUAGUAUAUCAACAUUAUCACCUCGAAUGGUUGAAGCUAUUCGAUAUAUUUGGUCCGACGAAGGUGUUAAAACAUGUUAUGGUCGACGACGAGAAUAUCGAUUACCUGAUUCGGCCAAAUAUUUUUUGGAUGAUAUAGAUCGAAUUUCUGCACAAAAUUUCACACCAAAUGAAGAUGAUAUAUUAAGAGUACGUAUUCCAACAACAGGUAUCGUUCAAGAAGAUUUUGAAUUUUCUCAUGUUCGACUUCGAAUUGUCGAUGUUGGUGGACAAAAGACAGAACGUCGAAAAUGGAUUCAUUGUUUUGAUAGUGUAACAUCUGUCAUUUUUCUUGCAUCUCUCCUUGAAUAUGAUCAAAAAGUCGAUGAUCAACUGGAACAAAAUUUAAUGGAAGAAAGUCUGGGAUUAUUUCGUGUUAUUCUAAAAUCAGAUUAUUUUUGCAAUGCAUCUAUUAUUCUUUUUCUUAAUAAAACUGAUCUAUUUCCUGAACGCCUUGCUGGCAAGCCUAUUCGAUAUGUCUAUCCUGAAUUUGACGGUGCUGAUAAUGAUGUUCAAGCUGCUAGAGAAUUUAUCAAAAAUAAAUAUUUAAGUUUAGUACCAAAAAGUGAACGAUAUACAGAAAAAAAUAUCUAUCCUCAUUUUACAUGUUCUGUUGAUAGCAAAAAUAUUCGAAUUGUUUUUGAAUCUGUCAAAGAUACGGUUCUUGCACAUAAUCUCUACUACUGGACACCAUACUGA